AUAUCCAUCGGCUGCCUGAACUCUCUCGUCUCUCUCUCUCUACAUUCUUCAGCAUUGGCGCCGAAAAUGCCUGAAAACACCCACGCCAAGAACAUGAGGCGAAAGCUCUUCUUUGCCAUCUUUGCAUCCUUCUUCCUCCUUGCUCUCGCCAUCGAUGACAACCGCCACCGGGAAGCUCCGUCCCUCGUCAAGUCCUCCUGCAGCUCCACCCUGUACCCCGACCUCUGCCUCUCUCAGCUCACCUCCUCGCCGUCUUUGACCUCCGACGCCGUGAAGACCCCCAAGGACGUCGUCGUGCUGGCCCUGAACCUGACCAUCACCUCCGUCCAGCACAACUAUUUCACCAUCAAGAAGGUGGCGGCGACGCGAAGUGGGCUGACGGUGAGGGAGAGGACGGCGCUCCACGACUGCCUGGAGAUGGUGGACGAGACCCUCGAUGAGGUCCGCGAGACCCUGGCGGAUCUACUGGCGUACCCGAACGGGGGCAGCAAGUCGGUGUCGGAGCUCGCUGAAGACAUGAAGACGCUGCUCAGCGCCGCCAUGACGAACCAGGAGUCGUGCCUCGACGGCUUCUCGCACGAUUCCGCCGACAAGAAGGUCAGAGAGGCCCUGUUGGGCGGCCAGAUGCACGUCUUCCACUUGUGCAGCCACGCGCUGGCCAUGGUCAAGAACAUCACCGACGCCGAUGCGGCGAACAAGCGGCUCCCCUCCUCGAACAGGCGCUUGAAGGAGGAGAUAAAGGAGGAGGGGCAGGAACCGAUACAGUGGCCGCAGUGGCUGUCGGCGGGGGACAGGCGGCUGCUCCAAUCGACCACGGUGACGCCAGACGUGACGGUGGCGGCGGACGGGAGCGGGGACUACCGGACAGUGUCGGAGGCGGUGGAGGCGGCACCGGAGAGGAGCGAGAGGAGGUACGUUAUAAAGAUAAAGGCAGGGGUGUACAGGGAAAACGUGGAGGUCACGAGUAGGAAAACCAACCUGAUGUUCGUGGGAGACGGGAGGACCACCACCAUCAUCACCGGGAGCAGGAACGUUGUGGACGGCAGCACCACAUUCAACUCCGCAACUGUUGCUGUAGUCGGGGAAGGGUUCUUGGCCAGGGACAUAACCUUCGAGAACACCGCCGGCCCGUCGAAGCACCAGGCGGUGGCGCUCCGCGUCAAUUCCGACUUCUCCGCCUUCUACCGGUGCUGCAUGCUGGCCUACCAGGACACCCUCUACGUGCACUCCCUCCGCCAGUUCUACUUCGGCUGCUUCAUCGCGGGCACCGUCGACUUCAUCUUCGGGAACGCGGCCGCCGUGCUCCAGGACUGCGACAUCCACGCGCGCCGCCCCAACCCGAGCCAGCGCAACAUGGUCACCGCCCAGGGCCGCGACGACCCCAACCAGAACACGGGUAUAGUGAUCCAAAGGUGCAGGAUCGGCGCAACAUCAGAUCUCUUGGAAGCGAAAGAUAGCUUCGAAAGCUACCUGGGGAGGCCAUGGAAGAUGUACUCGAGGACCGUGAUAAUGCAGACCGUGAUAAGCGACAUUAUCCACCCCGCGGGCUGGUACCGGUGGGACGGCGACUUCGCCCUCGACACCCUGUAUUACGCGGAGCAUGCAAACACCGGGGAUGGGGCGGACACCGCAAACCGGGUCACCUGGAAGGGCUACAGGGUGAUUUCGGCUUCUGAGGCUCAAGCCUUCACUGUCGAUCCGUUCAUCACUGGGGGCAGUUGGUUGGAUUCCACGGGGUUUCCCUACUAUCCUGGUCUCUGAAAAUGAUCGGAGCAUCUAAUCAUACGGCGACAACAAUGAAUAAAGAAAUUGUAAAAUAAUUAUGGCCCCCAUGAUGUUAGUAAAUAAUGGAUUAAUAAAUAUUUCAGUGCUAAAAACGUAUUGGCUAUGAAAAGGAUGCAAAAAAAUAAUUUCAUGGAGAGGUUUCUCUCUUAUGAAGAGGUGCGACUCUUACGAAAUAAAAAAGUACUUUGAUGGAAGGCACCUAUUGAUAACUUGUAUAAAAGCUAUUAGUAUUAUUACAGUUUAAUGUAUGUAUAUCAUAGCAUCACCCAAAGGAGAAUUAUGAUGUAGAUGUAUUGUUUAAUUUGAAUAUGAUUAUAUGGUAUUCUUCAAGAUA